AUGCAUGGUCGGAAGCUUACCGAGACUCGAAUUGACUUUUCUUCCGCCCACCGGGGUGGUAAAACAUUGUACUGGGUUGAUCUGUACAGAAAGGUCAGCAUUGCUAGUGCUCGUCGAAAUGGGAGAGGUGAGGUGUUGCGGGGAAAAUUCGACAAAGCGGUCAACCAAAAGGGGAGCCAAAGGCCGGCAGAAACCUCGCAGAGAAUUCCAUCGUCAAUUGUUUUGUAUUUCAUCAAGCACGCCGAGUACCCCGUCGUUGUCUGCAAACGCUGUCAAGUCGGCGUCAGGCCCAGUACGAUCCCCGCGCACCUGAAAGGUCCACACCACAACAUCCCAUUUCCCCAAGCAAAACAGAUCAGUGCUACCGUCCACCUUUGGAAUGGAGUGGGGGACUGUGAGAGUUGGGAAGUGCCACGACGAUUGCUCGAGCCCAUUCCCGGCAUUGUGGUCCAUACCGAUGGCUUCCUAUGCCGCUUGGACCCCGAAUGCAGCUGGGUGGUCUGCAACGACAAGGUGAUGAAAACUCAUUGGCGUGCAGACCAUGGUCGGGUUGCGCCUAGUGCCAGAGGUCGUCCCCGCAAGGAUUCCGAAAGCACUCGCUUCUGGGAGGCAAACACCGCCAGGGCUGCCUACCAGCAGGUGGUAUCUCAUGGCGUUGGCAGCCAUUACGUCCUGAUCGAGAACUAUGAGCUUCCCGAUCCCGCCGAGGAGGUGACUCGUGAGGCUGGUCAGCACCACGCCGGGUUGAACGCCCUCCGAACGCUGUACCAGCAGCACAAGGAGCCCGUCACCACCACCGAAGCCGGCCAGUGGGAUGAAACCAACUCCUUCCUCCGUUAUGCCAAGUGGGACCGCUACCUGGAGGGUUUAGAACCCAGCGAGUACCGGCUGAGCAUUCAGGAACCCCUCGAGCACGACCAGAGCGACGACGCCUUGGCCACUGCCGCCAUCUGGAAAUCCAUGGCGGAGGUUGCACGAACCGGCCAGGAGCUGACCAACACGCUCGGCUAUGAGCUUCUCAUCGUCGCUGCCAAGGUCUCGCGAGACACUGACCCCCACAGGCCACUCAAGGCAUACAUGAACCAGGAGAACAUUGCCACGCAUUGCCUUCCAUGGCAGCAAAUCUUGAUGUUCUUUGCUCGAACCCAGUUCCCCUCGACGCCCGAACCCGGGGAGAGCAAAUUCCAGCUCACCGGUCUCAAUGAGGCAUGUCUGAACUUUUGCCUGUCCCUGCUCAGUCAGAACUGUGACGUGAAUGAGUACGGGUGCGCGCUCGUUUGCGCACUGGCCGUGCUGGGUCGAGGCGAAGUCGCGUGGCUCACCGCCGACAGCUACCCACCCAUCCUGUCCCGCGUCAUCAAAGUGGCCAGGUUCAUGGUCGUCCUCAAGGCCCUGAGCAUGGAUUCACGGGCUGGCGAGAUAGGGAGGCAGCUCGAGCUGAACAGUUUGGGUGCUACGCCAACCGGUCCGCCUGCCAUCAGCCACAAUCUAUGGCUACCAAGCGAUGUGCUCGCCGUGCCCAGCAUUGCCGAGCUCGAGUCUGUCUCACACGAUUCCUUCUCAGACUGGCUUGGUCGGCUGGUCGAUCAGUUCAUGGUGCGCGAGUCUCGCGGGCCGAUGAAAUGGAUGUUGGGUUUGCGCGCGGUGGGGUUGAAAAUCCAUUACAACACCACCACUCCCGGCUACCUUGGCUGGAUGGGCAUCGAUCGGUUAUGCUACAAGAAGGUGACCUUCACGGUGGGCGAAUUCACCGGCUUUGUACAUGUGUUGGUGAAUGACGCCAGGCAGAUCUUGAUGGAUGACCUCAUGCUUGGCCACAAGACCGAGGUCCCCAAGAUUCCAUGGGACUUUUUCUAUGACGAUCCCACCAACGUUGGUGCCGGCUGGAGCUUUCUCCAAGACCCCCGAACGCCGUGGCCUGUCGUUGGAGAGCAGUGGAUGUUUGAGCAGAUCGCCAACAACCCCGACGUUGACCGGGAGUUCUUCCGAGAUGGGAAACCGCGGAUGGCCAAGAUUGACUGUUACAUGAAACAGUUAGUCGCCUUCCGCCGCAAGCUGUCCGUGCUGGUGCACAUCUGCAGCGGCCAGCCCGCUCGUGCGCCUGAACUGCUCUCCAUCAGGCACCGCAACACCGACGCUGGCGGCGUUCGCAACGUCUUUAUUGAGGAUGGCCUGGUGGCCAUGGCCACCUCCUACCACAAGGGCUUCCAUGCCACCAAUGACGCCAAGAUCAUUCACCGUUACCUACCACGGGAGAUCGGUGAGUUGGUGGUGUGGUAUCUGUGGUUGGUGUUGCCUUUUGUCCACGCCUUGGAGCUGUAUCAGCGCCAUGAGAGGGAACAACCGGUUAACCAUAAAGUACGCAAACGCGAGGCGUACAUGUGGCACCCCGACCCCCAUUCUGAUAAGCCGUGGUCUUCUGAGCGCUUGCGUGAGACCCUCAAGGAGGAGACCAAGGUCAUCCUGCACGCCGAGCUCAAUCUUAUGGCCUACCGCGACAUUGCGAUUGGCCUCAGUCGACGAUUUCUGAGGUCCACGCACCAGUUUACGCACAACGUGCACGAUGAGUCCCGCGCCGAGGUGCUGGAUGAUGACUUCGACGAGCGUGAGAUGGGGCCUGAGGAAUGGAGCGGCCACAUCGCCGAUUUACAAGCUGCCCAUUCCUCCCACGUCGCUGGCAUGGUGUAUGGACGCCUUAUUACCGAGCAGCCCGGCGCCACGGCAGAGAAACGCCAGCAUUUCCGUAUCUGCAGCACGGAUUGGCAUCGCUUUUUGGGCUUUCCCUCUGUCAAGGCCGAGCUGCUCAACCCCUAUCGCCGCCACGAGCUUUCUCCUUGGCAGAAGGAGGCCCAGGAGAGCCGCACGGCGCGUCGGUGGGACCUGCGGAAUACGCCCCUGGAGUAUACAGACAUGACAAAGCACAAUUCCUGCUAA